AUGGACAGGGACAAGAGCCCCUUGGGCAAGCCCCGAGUCCCGAAAGCCAAGGCCAGGUCCACGUCGCCGGGCCGUGAAGGGAAGUCGGCGUUCGGUAGGGCACCUCCAGCGCGCUCAGGCAGUUCCAGCGACAGGCGGGCAUUUCAGGCGCUUCUCCAAUGCCAGGCAAAGCACAUGGCGAAGAUCUUGGUGGAGCUUGAUCAUGGCGCCAAGGAGAGCUGCUGGGCUUGGUACAUCUUCCCCACGGAGAAGGCCGGGAUGUGCGACAUGGACGAAACCCGCAUCACCACGGAGAACGCCAAAGACCUCUGCGAUGCUUCAGUCAAUACCUCCGCUGGGCACUGGCAGCAGUGCCUGGAGAAGAUCUGUGAUCUCUUGGAGGAACGCAAUGUCAAGCCUCCCGACAGCCACGUUCUUCCUCGUAUCGACCACGGCCGCGUCCAUUGGUUCGUCAAGUUCUGGCAAAGCUACGAAUUCUCGCCGCCAUGGAUGCAAGAGGUUUGCCGACGGUUGGACGAAUUCGACUUCCCUCGGCACUGA